GCUAAUCAACGACAUCGCAUCGCACGCUCAACAAAGCGGCACUAAUUUCGACUCUUGGAGUGCAUCUGGAAGCAGUAUUAAAACGAUAUUAUCAGGCGCUCGCCCAACGCUCUUCAUCUUCUCGCCCAACAGGCUACCAGUUAGGCGCCGGCGCUCCAUGAGCUCGACCAAUUGAAUUUUGGCGUGCUGUAAUGGGCCCAAAUGCUGGGAAUGGUAUGGGAGGCAUGGACCCGGGCGGUAUGAUGCAGGGCAAUGUCUCCAAUGUUCCUCCUGCGACUGAAUACACUCUCCAAGGUGUGAUGCGAUUCCUGCAAACCGAAUGGCAUCGCUACGAACGAGAACGCAAUGCGUGGGAGAUUGAGAACCAAGAAAUGAGAGGAAGAAUAGCGCAGCUUGAAGGGCAAGCACGACGAGCAGAUGCGACGCAAAAAGCAUUGAGAAAAUAUGUGUCUAUUUUGGAACGAAAAGUCAAGCAGCAAGCCACAAUCAUCAGGGGCGAGGCUGCAGAGCCUGACGCUACCAAGACCGCCGCCGCGGAUCGUGAUGCUAAAAUCCAAGAAAAGCUUCAAGCGGCGACGGAAAAGUAUACAGUGCCUGGUGUCGAAGGCAUCGAAGUCGAGCGAUCCGAUGACGAAACACAAAGACAAGAACUAAAGCUAUUUCUUGACCAAUGCCAAUCGGAAUUCAUGUAUCUCAUGAUUGCACCGGCAAACCCACAACCCCCUCGCGAUUCACCACCUUUGCCGGUAAUCGAGGAUUUACGCGAGGUUGAUGCAUACGGUGUCCCGAUUCAGCAUCAAUUCGAGCGUCAAUUCCAACUGCCUCAACGACCCGGUAUUUCACAAGCACAGGAAAUCAACCAAAGACAACACCCAGGUGCUAUUGCUGGCAUGCCACCAUCACAGCAGAACGCAGGUUACGAAACGAACAAGAUGCCAGAAUUGCAACCCCAGGCCAUGGCACGGUCGGUAAACGAAGCUCAACAAGGGUCAUACUCUAAUGCGAGCGAUUGGUCUCUCCCAACAUCGGUCAACUCCGCGCCGGCAGAGGAUAAUGUGACCGACGAUAGCCAACGCUCUGGAGACCUCAACAGUGGUGAAACUGACCCGACACAACGUGACCAAUCUAAUGCAACCCCCGUACAAGAUGGCUGGGAUUUCCCAGACAGUGCCCUUGCUGAGAGUGGUCCUAUGCAGCACCCAAAUCUUUCAUCCAACAGACCUGACACUGACAUGUUCCCAAAUGCAGAGUACAUGCCCAAGUCACCAGGACGCCUGCCGGGUGGCCGACGCAAGGGAUCAAUGUCAAGGCGACGAAGCGGUGAACACGAUCUCGGGCUUGCAGCAUCACCGAAGAUUGAUGAUGGAAACUUCAAAUUGCGAUUUGGAUUACGGGGACACCUCGAUACAAUUCGCACUGUCAUCUUCUCUGGUGGUGGCAGCCCUGCCGAACCAGAGAUUUGCACUGCUGGCGACGACGGUAUGAUCAAGCGUUUCCAUAUUCCCCGAGUUGAUGGCCAUGGUCUCCCCCAUGGAGCUUCCGAUUUGGAUGUUAUUGCGAACUUUACUCAUCGCGGACACCGUGGCGCCGUACUUGCGCUCACUUCAUGGAUGCCAUCACGAAACUUUGCUACUGGCGGUCGUGCCCAAGGUGAUGGCUGGAUCUUCUCUGGUGGUCAGGAUUCGACAAUCCGUGUUUGGGAACGAGGCAGAAUCGAUCCUAAGGCGACCCUUGAUGGCCACACCGAUGCUGUAUGGGCCUUGUGUGUUUUGCCGACAACUCUAGGUGCUAUUUUUGGCUCAUCCAGCCAGUAUGGUACCUCCGACCGUAUCCUGCUAGCGUCUGGUGCGGCUGACGGAACUGUUCGACUAUGGUCUGUGAGCGCACCGCCGCAGUUGAGCUCCCCACAGCCUGGAUCCCACAGGGGCAUGCGAGGUGGCCGCGUUCGAGGUAACUCGAUGAGCUCCGGCAGCGGCUUCUCCAACUCUCCUCAGCCAAACGUUGCCUCAAACUCUCCUUUCCACUACACUCUUAUCCACGUCAUUAACAGAUCAGACGAGUCGACUGCCAGCCCAACAUGUAUUACACCCCUUGACCCAUCUGGAGAAACAUUUGUGGUCUCGUAUGCGGAUGCUGCCGUCAUUGUAUUUGACACGAAGACUGGUGAGCAGGUCGGAUCCAUGGAUAGCCUAGAAACCUAUGACGGCUCUCUCAAGACCAGUGUCAACGCAGUUGCUGCCACAACCGCAGGGCUUGAUCAGGGAGCGCACCAUGGUAAUGCAAUGGGCGAAGAAGACACAAGCGCCCCAACCGGAGGUCGUUCUAUGGCUGGAUCUGGAGUGGAGGGAACUAUUAUCACUGGCCACGAAGAUCGUUUUGUACGAUUCUUCGACGCUAACAGCGGCCAAUGUACAUACAACAUGGUUGCCCACCCAGAUGCCAUCUCUAGCUUGUCGUUGAGCCCUGACGGCCGUGAGCUUGUUAGUGCCGGUCAUGAUGCCUCACUCAGGUUCUGGAGUCUGGAGAAGCGCGCAUGCGUACAAGAAAUCACUAGCCAUCGCGUCAUGCGCGGUGAAGGUAUCUGCGCUUGCGUCUGGAGCCAGGACGGCAAGUGGGUGGUGAGCGGUGGCGGCGACGGCGUCGUCAAAGUGUUUGCGCGAUGAAGUGAUUUUGACUAAGCGACGAGCGGUUCAUAUCAGCAAUGACGUUUUCUGCUGCCGAAUUUGAUGAAGGACAUAUUGUUACAGCAUGGGACCGGAGAAUGUUGUGUUUACAUAAGGCUUUUCUUUUUUGAGCGGGACGAGUCGGCGGUUGCGAGAAUGGCUAAAACCCAGCAUUUUGGUAGGCCCGGCGAGGGAUAGGGCCACAUGGCACGGUAAUGUCUUGCAUUACUACUCCUGAAGAGGGUAUGCCUUUUGUAUCAUCACAUUGAGAGAGAAUAUAUAUUUUUUUCAGUCUAU